AUGAACAUCAAUAAAAUCUGGGUACCUCUCCUUAAAGUUACACAACCAGAUACCAAACCGGGCACUGAAAGCCCUACCAAGGAAGGGUAUAGCGGCAACGCUAUACUCGGACAACAGCAUUUCCCGUACCCGUUCAAGGAGGCAACGGUCGGUUUCAGAUCCGAACACUCUACAGAGCUGCAAGUCCUGAGGGUAGUAGACUAUGCGACAAGUUUCAACCUGGGCAAAGAAUACCACACCGGAGAGAUAUUCCUAGAAGUAUCCAAGGCGUUCGAGAGGGUUUUGCACGACGGACUAAGAGCCAAAUUGAACAAUUUUGGCUACUCGAAACAAAUGAAAACUUUAUUAACAAUAAAGCAUGUGAAUAGUUAUUGGUCAUACGUAGUUCAAGAGAUACUCAAAGAAAGAAAGACCAGAGAGAAAAUUAACAAAUAUCUGGAAACCCUUGAGGCAAAAAUCGAUCCAAAAAAACUGGAAUCUAGCUUGAAGUCGUCUGAGAAACCUUCUUAUAAAACUCCAAAACGGCUCCACAACAUUUACUAUGAACUAGGUGCCAUUCCAAAGAAGAUAGUUCCAACUCAGAAAAAAAAUUUAGUUGAUACAUGCUUGAUAUCAGAAGCUACAAAAGAGUUAGAAGAUGAAUUUGCUCUACAUACUGGCGAACUAGUUUCAUUUCCUAGGCUAAUCAAACAAGAUAUACAGCUGUAUAGACACCUCCCUUGCUUUUUACAAGACGUCAAUGUUCGAUACGAUGAUGGGAGCGAUAUUCAAAGACAGAGAUCAAUCCUAACGUAUUCUUUAACCAGCAUCAUGAGUACUUUGAAAAUAUGUGUCAACGAACAGGAUCUGAGUGACUGGUGAAACUUUUCCUUUGCUAUCGGCAUAUAAUGAAAAUUGAAGUGGAAGCUAAAAGUAUAUUUAAAAUCAUUAUUUGGUACUGAGAACACAACUUGUCGUUUAUUUUGGAUGAAUACGGCUUUUGUAAUUCAAACGCAAAGUAUUGCUUGUACCUGAGAUGAAAAUACAAUUAUUACCAAGCGAUAUAAAAUCAGUUAGGGAUAUCUCAAAUCUAAUGUAAUUUUUCUACAGAAUUGAAAAUAAUUAAAAAGGAUUUUAGGCCUAUCAGGCUACAAAAAAGAUAAUCUGGUUUGGAGCGAGUGUAAACACCUGUUGAACUUUUUAAUUUAUUAUGUUGAAUAUAUGUUAAAUAUAUG